CCGAGUACUAUAAUUUAAAAUAAAAAACUACGGAGUAUAUUGGGAAACCAAAUGUGAAUCAAAAACAGGCAUUUCAUUCAUAUUUUCCAAAACCCUCACACUUCCAGUCCAACUCUCCUGCAAUGGCGAAUGAGCGGAGGAAGCCGGAAGUGCUGGCGUCACUAUACUAUUCACUGAUGGUUCUGGUGUUCGUGCUCGUCGCCUGCGUCGAGCUCGGCGACGCCGUUACCGCCGUCGACGUCUACCGCCUUGUCCAGUAUGAUCUGUCCGGCGUCCCUUAUGGAUCUCGGCUUGCCUCGCUCAACCAUCACGCCGGUUCUUCCUUUCUGUCCUCUUCGUCCGGUUUAGGUUCCAUUGCCGAUCUCUCCCGGUCGGUUAUCAUGCUUCCACUUAGCGAAUUGAAUCUCACUCUCAUCAAAGAAUAUAUUGGACAGAAAAAGCUGUUGGGGGGUUUACUAUUUUUACUCCCUCCAAAUUUUAGUCCAGAUAACCCACAUACUGUCGGUGCUGAUGCUAAUUUCGAAAUAGACCGCACAAGGAACACAUUGAAUGACCUGGAGCAGUUGCUUAUUCAUGUCAACAUCCCGUAUCCUGUUUAUUUUGCUUUUGAAGAUGAAAAUAUCAGCCCUGUACUAGCUGAUAUAAAGAGAAAUGAUGCGAUUGGUCAGCCUGCAACAGCCACAACAGGCGGAUUCAAGCUUGUCGUUUCUGCUCGAGAACCAAAGAAAAUUGCAUCUCCCACCAUUUCAAAUAUUCAGGGAUGGUUACAAGGCUUGAAAAGUGACGGGGAAAGCCAACUCCCAACUAUUGCCAUAGUUGCAUCAUAUGAUACUUUUGGUGCUGCACCAGCAUUAUCUGUAGGGAGCGAUAGCAAUGGAAGUGGUGUUGUGGCACUUCUUGAAUUAGCUAGAUUGUUUUCUAUUCUUUAUUCAAAUCCCAAUACCAGAGGCAGGUAUAAUAUACUUUUUGGAUUGACAUCUGGUGGACCUUAUAACUACAAUGGAACUUAUAAGUGGCUUCAGAGUUUUGACCAACGUCUACGUGAGAGUAUAGAUUAUGCUAUUUGCUUGAAUAGCAUUGGCUCAUCUAACAAUAAGUUAUGGGUGCACGUGUCUAAAUCUCCUGAAAAUGCGUACAUAAAGCAAAUCUUUCAGGGCUUUUCCAAUGUUGCAGAAGAAUUGGGGCUUCAGAUUGGUAUUAAACACAAGAAAAUUAACAUAUCUAAUCCCCGAAUAGCCUGGGAGCAUGAACAAUUCUCAAAGGUAAGAGUAACUGCAGCAACCCUUUCUGAACUUUCUGCUCCUCCUGAGUUGUUUGAAAGCACUGGUGGUCUUGCUGAUAACAGACAUUCUGUCAGUGAAGCCUCAAUCAUUCAGGGUGUCAAGCUUGUUGGUGAAAGUUUAGCCAAACACAUAUAUGGCCAUGAGGGUAAAAGCAUCAACAUAUUUGCAAAUGGUAGUAGCUUAGCUAUCAAUCCCUUUUACAUACGUUCUUGGAUUGAUCUGUUAUCAACAACACCUAGGGUGGCACCAUUCCUUUCAAAAAAGGACCCACUUAUCCUGGCAUUACAAAAGGAAUUAGCUGAUCACACCAGUGAUGUACGUAUUCAGCACGCUGUGCUUGAUGGAAUGUUCACUUUCUACGACUCAACAAGUAGCAAAUUGCAUAUAUAUCAGGUUGCCAGCGUGACAUUUGAUUUGCUCUUGCUAUUAAUUCUAGGAACAUACUUGAUUACCCUUUUCAGUUUUCUAGUCAUCACAACCAGGGGUCUUGAUGAUCUCAUCAACCUAUUCCGCCGUCCCCAUUCCCGAAAAACGAAAGCUGCCUAAUUCAGUGAACACACACUUAUCAGCAAAGGGAAGAUUUCUUGCAGAUUUGACAUGGGGGUGUUUGGCUCUUCUUCACACGGGCAAAAUUUGCUUCUGUGAGUUUCCCUUUUCAUUUCUAGCUUUGUUAAUCGAAGUGCCCUUAGAAGUAGUUAUGGAAGUGUGCUAAAAUGGUGAAAGACAGACACCCGAUUUAAACUUGGAGGGAGGGAGGGAGGGAGGGACUGAGUUUGUGUUUCUAAACCAAUUUUGUUUAUGUACUUUCUAUGUAGUUGUUUCAGUCCCCCCAUUAGAGUUGCCAAGGGCUCUGUAAUUUGUUUGCUUGGAAUAGUUGGUUGAUGAUGGCAUCUUGGAAUUUCUUGGCAACUAAUUUUAUGACUAUUUAUUUUGUUGUCCACUUUGGCUCUAGUUAUCAUUUAU